GCCGUGGCCAUGGCGUUGAAUAUCGCGUACGAGGAGCAGACCUUGUACUCUGCAGGUGGUGUGGUGACCUCCCAGCAGCCCGUCAGGCUGGUGAGGAUCUACACCGACAGUCAAUGGGCACUGCGGGUCAUACAGCAGCCUGGAGAGGAGGAUUCCUUCCCCGCGCUGAGAGAUGUGUGGUGCAGUGCCGAGAGACUGUCAGCCUGUGGAGUCAGGGUGGAGUUGCGGUGGGUGAAGGGGCACAUUGGGGUGCUGGGGAAUGAGUUGGCGGACAGGGUGGCGACCAGCAUUCUCAGGAAGUAGAGGAU